GUUGAGCGUACCUGUAGAUGGGUUCACCGGGAACAUUUUCAUGCCCGAUCUCCGGUUGUAUAUAUAGGACGAUUGGAUGGCUGAAAAUUAUGUUUCAGUUCGCUUAUUUAACUUGGGAAGGGGUAAUUCGAUUGAAAUAAAACUAAGAGAGGGCUAGGUCAAUGUGUCUUGCGUGGUCUGCCCUCUGGAUGAACCUUUGGGUGCCAUACUACAUUAUAAAUAACGAGAUUCUCUGGAUGGGGUAAGCAGCAACUCCAACAUGUCAACUACUGCUAAUAUGGGGAUGGGAAUGUCUCCAUCCAUGGGAAUCAGCUCAAUGGCACAGAUGGGAUCUCCUCCAGACAUUAAACCAGAUAUCAACUCUCUAGUGUCCCAGUCAUUUUAUCCUUAUGGAAUACAGCACCCUAUGUCCCAGUCACAGGCGUCCCCUGGGUCUCAACCGAUGAUGUCACCAGGUCUUCACUCACCCUCCUCCUCAGUAACAUCCCCUUCCAUGAUGUCCAUCGGUUCCCCUGGCUCAGCAUCCUCACCCCCGGGGUCCAAUCCUCACAUGCCACACAGUAAUCUCAAUAGCAAACAUAUCUGUGCUAUUUGUGGUGACAGAGCCUCUGGGAAGCACUAUGGAGUUUACAGUUGUGAAGGUUGUAAAGGAUUUUUCAAAAGAACAGUUCGUAAGGACUUGACGUAUGCCUGUCGAGAUGACCGCAACUGUAUCAUUGACAAAAGGCAGAGGAACAGAUGUCAGUACUGCCGAUACAUGAAGUGUCUAAACAUGGGGAUGAAGAGAGAAGAUGUUAAAUGCAGCACCGAUGCAGGGCGCCAAGGAUCAUCUGUACAAGAGGAAAGACAGCGAGUGAAGGAGAAGGGAGAGGGGGAGGUUGAGAGCACCAGCACUGCCAACUCAGACAUGCCAGUAGAGAAAAUCCUGGAGGCUGAACUAGCUGUGGAACCCAAGACAGACACCUACAUAGAUGCUCAGAAAGAUACAGUGACAAACAUUUGUCAGGCAGCAGACAAGCAACUGUUCACUUUGGUGGAAUGGGCCAAACGCAUACCUCACUUCACCGAGUUGCCUCUAGAAGAUCAGGUCAUUCUACUGCGUGCAGGUUGGAAUGAGCUGCUGAUAGCUGGCUUCUCACAUCGAUCUAUCGUGGUAAAGGAUGGUAUACUGCUGGCCACCGGCCUCCAUGUACACAGGAGCAGCGCUCACCAAGCAGGUGUCGGAACCAUAUUUGACCGUGUCCUCACAGAACUUGUCGCUAAAAUGCGGGAAAUGAAAAUGGAUAAGACAGAGUUGGGAUGUUUAAGAGCUAUCGUACUGUUUAAUCCAGAUGCUAAAGGUGUAUCUGCUGUCUCUGAAGUGGAACAGUUGAGAGAGAAAGUGUAUGCUUCACUGGAAGAAUACUGCAAAAUGCACUACCCCGACGAACCAGGCAGGUUUGCCAAAUUACUGCUUCGAUUGCCAGCGCUCAGAAGUAUAGGGCUCAAGUGUUUGGAACACUUAUUCUUCUUCAAAUUAAUUGGUGAUACUCCCAUAGACACUUUCCUUCUAGAAAUGUUGGAAAGUCCAUCCCCAAGCAGCACUUGAUUAUGGAGCUCCAUUCCCCCAUGUGUCCUCAAGAGGGUGUGGAGAUGUUUUUCAAGCAAAUAUUGUCGAAGCAACUCUUUGUUGUGUUUUAAACCAUGUAUACUUCUGAUGGGCUUAUGCACAAACUCCUGAUAUCUUUAUUGGGCAAAAAGCAUCCUGUUGAUCCGGAACACACAGAAAAUCAGUGUUUAUUUUAUGCUUUGGAUUUGAAUUUUGAUUUGCUUCCUUUGGUGGUGACAGAAUAUCAAUAGUGCUAAAUUUUUAUAAUUACAAACAUACUAAAUUUCAGGGGUUAUUUAUUUAGUUUAUGCCCUUUUAAUCAAAAUGUAUUCAUUCAAAUUAUAGGUAGGUGUUAGAAAGUACUGUUUUUGUGAUAUGCAGAACUAAAUCAAGAAUGAUAAAGGAGAAACGUCGUAUCAACUAAUUUCAAUAUAUGAAGUAUUGUAUGCAUCAUUUAACCCUUUGUAUUCACAUUUUAUUUUAAGAAUUGACAGAAAUAGUUGCAGCUGAACUUCUAAAUGUAAUGUGUUGAUAUACAUUGUGUAGCAUUUUCAAAAUCAUUGUCUUUCAUUAUUCAAUUAUUUUUCAUUCAAAUGGAUUGAAAUACUCUGGUUGACUUCUGUUGGGAAUGAUAAAUAGUUUGGGCUGUUUUAAUUUGUGUUCUUAAUUUUAUGGUAAAUGGAAAUAUUUGACUUUUUAUAUGUCAGAGAAAAAUAUAACGUUGGAAUUGAAAAUAAUUAACAUUGGAAACAUCUCAAUUGUCUGUUGCAUGGAAAAGUAAUUUAGAUAUUGCCAUAAAAAAUGGUUCCUUUGGCUCUGUAAUAAAGCGUACUACAUGUAUUUUAAAGCAAAGAAAAAAUGCCAGCAACUGUUGUUAAAAAUGUGAUAGACUUAUUAUUAAUUUGUAUGCUUGUAUAUCAAAACAAAAAUGCCCAGAUAAAAAAGGAUGAUCAGUGAUUUGUACAUACCAGUUCACCCUUUCUGUGUCACCAAUACAUUUUGUAAAUUCAUAAGGUAUUCAAUGCUUGUGUGGAGCUAUUGUCAAGGCACUUUAUCAGUUCUCAGAGGCUACCUUACAUGUCUGUCCCACUGUGUUUUUUCCAGACAUGUCUUCAUCUGGAAAUGUUUUUAUUUUUCCUAGACAUUCUGUUUUGCAGAUUGUAGUUCAUAUUUUAGUAGACUGGUAUGGAAAUAAAAAAUAGUGCUAUCUUUGGAGUUGUCUGACCAUGUUCCUGUGCAACUGAUUGGGUGAUGCUGUUUAUGCGUGGGUUUUAUUUGUAAAGUUUGUAUGAUUUUUGAAUGUUCUGUCAAAUAUACACAUUGACAUAUACCUGAUUUUCAAUCAUUGUUGUUUAAACUUUCAACGAAAACUAUGUAAAUCUGACAGUGAUUACAGAUGAAAUAGAAUUUAUUACAGUAUAGACAUUUGUAUGAUGUAAGUUAAAGGACUUAUAAUAGUGUUUGUAAAAAUGCUCAAAAUUGUAUUUGAAAACUAUUAUAUUAUACAAAUUUUUACUCUUUGUACAAGUUUGAAAAAAAGUUGGUUAAAACUAAUGUAAUUUUAGAAAAACUUUGGUCUUUUAGAAAAGGUUUUGUCUGAAGAGCUUUUGUAAUAAUGUUGGACUAUAUUGUUUUAGGGGACAUCUGAUGUCCCGAGUUUUGUUGAAGGUUUUUCCUGUUAAGUGCUAUCUUUUAUCAGAUCCUAUGUAUAUAUUGUACAUUAUUCAUUUAUGUAGAUGAAAUUGUUAUUUUACAUAAAAAUACAAUAUGUCUAAUAA